AUGGUCCGGUUAGCCCAGGAAAGGUCCAGGCAAAGUCCGGUCAGCCAAGGCAAAGUCCAGUCAGCCCAGGCAAGGUCCAGGCAAAGUCCGGUCAGCCCAGGCAAGGUCCAGGCAAAGUCCGGUCAGCCCAGGCAAAGUCCAGUCAGCCCAGGCAAGGCCCAGGCAAAGUCCGGUCAGCCCAGGCAAAGUCCAGUCAGCCCAGGCAAGGUCCAGGCAAAGUCCGGUCAGCCCAAGCAAGGUCCAGGCAAAGUCCGGUCAGCCCAGGCAAAGUCCAGGCAAGGUCCGGCCAGCCCAGGCAAGGACCAAUCAGUCCAGGCAAGACGGUCCAUGGAAAGUCCAGUCAGUUCAGGCAAGGUCUGGAAGAGCUAA